AUGGCCACAAAAACCUCAAAAAACACAGAAAAAUCCAAAAAACAAAAUGAAUCACCACAUAUACAACCUUCCGAAAAGAAAAAACGCGUCGAUAAUUGGCUUUUCCAGGAUCUCACGAUUACCUUCCAACCUAUUACCAUAUUAACCUUUCUCGCGCUUUUCGUAUCAAGCUUUAUAGCUUGGGACCAUCACACGCGACUAACCCUUUGCGAAAUUACCCAUGGUGAAUAUAAUAAUGAUCGAAUACAGUGGAUAGAAAUCAAUAAUCCUAUCUCUUUAAACUAUACCUUAUAUGAAAAUGGUGCAUUUGUCUUUAAACACAUAUUCUUAGAGGACUUUAAAGAGGAGUUUGACGUGGAACCAUUAUACUUUCCGGAAUAUGAACCGCAAGUAACCGAAUUACUGGCGAAUUUUGACUUGCAAAAAGUUCUACGCGAAAAUGAAACGGAAUUGGACAAAGACUUACUGGAAAAUGUCUAUGCCGAUACGAAAGCAUAUGCACAAUCUGUUGAAGAUAUUGAGAACAAAGUAAAAAACGGAACAUACAUUGAUGAUGGACGCGUCUAUGCACGUUGGGUAAAUGAUCAAUUGAGGUACGGAAUGUUUGCAGGUCGCGAUAUUGACAAAGGGGAAUUACUCGGACUUUAUACCGGCGUUUAUUCCACCAGUAUUUAUGACGUUGAAUAUGCAUGGGAAUAUAAUUUCCUCGUAAAGGUUACCGAUGAAAACGAUGAAGUUAUUCGAGUGUUUAUCGACGGAAAACACAAAGGAAAUUAUAUGCGUUUUGCAAAUCAUCGUGAUGAAAAUCAAAAUGCCGAGAGUACAUAUAUAAUUCACAAGAAUCAGUGGAUGGUGAUCUAUGUCGCGCGAACAAAUAUAAAGGCUCAUGAACAAAUUUUUGUAAAUUAUGGUACCGCAUAUUGGAAGGAUAAAGAAAAAAUUGAAAUUUGA